AGAACCUCUACAGUGCUAUGUGGACGCAUGGAGGCGCUGAUGCACUACCAAGCUCAUGAGAUGCCAAUCUGCAAUUUUAUGUGGGACAACUGUCUCUGGCAGCCAGGGUACUUGUAGAUUGUAAUCAGACAUCUAAAUAUCUAACGUCAUAGGUACAACGUUCAGGUAAUUUAGCUGAUAAUAUAAUCUAAUUUGUCAUUAGAUAACAACCUUGCAAAACCAGCAGUCAGUAGAAAGGCAAGCUAACCGCAAAAUAGCUAACGUUACUGUUAGCUUAGCUAGCUAACAUAAACACAUAUUUGGGGGUUUAACAUAAUGGAUAAACAUGACACAACAACAUACAGUGUACAACUGUAUAUAUACGACCUGUCAAGAGGAAUGGCUCGCAAUCUCAGCCCAAUCAUGUUAGGAAAACAACUUGAUGGCAUUUGGCACUCAGCCAUUGUGGUUUAUGGAGACGAGUUCUACUUUGGAGGAGUGGGUAUUUCCAGCUGUUCACCGGGGGGAACAAUGCUUGGUUCCCCAGACACUGUGGUGGAAUUGGGAAACACAGAGGUGACAGAGGAGAUCUUCAUGGACUACCUGUCCUCGCUAGGAGAGAACACAUACAGAGGUGACAAGUAUAGGUUGUUUGAGCACAACUGUAACACCUUCACUAAUGAGGUGGCCCAGUUCUUAACAGGCCGGAAGAUCCCUUCUUACAUCACAGACCUGCCCUCCGAAGUGCUCUCCACACCCUUUGGUCAGAUACUCCGGCCUAUACUGGACUCCAUCCACAUCGCUCCUCCUGGGGGGAAUAUCAUCAACGGUCGCCACAGCUAAACUGCCUGAACUGCACACAGUAGUAUUUAGACAUGUUCUAAUUUACAUUUUCAAAAUGGAGGUGGGUUAUUGACGAAACCGUGGAGGGUGAAUCUCAGUGAGUCUAGUCAGUCACACUGCUUUUGUACUGCGUAUGCUUGGUUUUAGUAUGAUUGUUUUGUAACUCCCCACCAGCAAUGCUCUUGCCUUUUUGUAUGUUUAAAUUUUUUUUGCUUCAGUUUCCAGUUUUUGUUUACGGACCUUCCUUAUUGCCUCUAAUGGUAUGAUCUGAGGGAAAGUUGCACAACAUGAACUUUCUCACAAAUCUUCCAAUAUCAUCAAUAUGAUUUAUAAGAAGGUUAGCAUGUAUCUCAAGUCAGCGUUUCAGCAUGACUUCCAAUGAACUACUCCACUUUCCACCAGAUGGUGUGUGCUAUAUACACCUCUAUGCCUUCACCUCUCUCACCUUAGUGUUAAUGAUGCUGAUAGUGUGAUUUGAAGGAUGAAUGCUGAAGUGCACAAAAUCUGCAUUAGUUCUCUGGAUGAAGAAACAGACCAUGCGUAUCUUGUAUGUGUUUGAAAUCAUCUCAGAAAUGUAAUUUAUUAUGGAGUACAAUUUUGGGGUCAAGUUUGGGAUCAAAUCAUACAUAUUCUUGUAUCAUUUUCAUUUGGCCAUCAGUAGGAGCAAUAACUCUUCACAUAUCUAUACUUAUUAGACUAGGCAUGAAACGUGUAAAGUCCUUUUAUUAAAUGCACGUAUUCACUGCAACUCCUGGCACUGGUUAACUAUAGCAUCAUCCAGUAGAACAGUGCAGUAAACUGUAUGUUCUGUAAAAGACAGCACCUCUGGUAUCGCAUCAGACAGGUAAUUACAGCAUAGCAUGUUUCAUAAAAAUAAUGACCACAAAUAGGUGCUUGUA